AUGAAAACACAGGGCUCAAAACCAGUCGCGUUCGAGCGGCCUGGCUCUCGCUAUACGAAGUCACUCUUCCUCGCUCUCCUGCUCCUCCUUGCGAUAUUCUUCCCAUGGCAUUCGACGGAAUUCGACUGGACACGACAUUUCUCUUCUAACUUGUUGAAGAUUCCGCCGCCGUUGCUGCAUAGACCACACACAUCCCUCCGUUGGCGCGAAUGCCCUGACAACUCGACCUUCUACUGCACCUUCUUUGAAGUCCCACUCGACUACGAUGCGCCAAACGACCCAGAAAAGACCGUAAUUGCCAUGCGGAUGUUCCCCGCGACGGUGUCGUCUUCUGAACGUCUCGGGUCGGUAUUCACCAAUCCUGGGGGCCCCGGAGGAUCGGGUCAUGCAAGUGUCUUGCGUGUCGGCCCGCUUCUUAGCGACAUAUUCGAGGGGAAAUUCGAUAUCAUUGGCUGGGACCCGCGAGGUGUGAACAUGACAACGCCCAGAAUAUCCUGCCAUGCGACCGACCUCCAUCGCGCGCUCUUCGCUUUGGGCAACGACAACGGCGAAAUAUCGUUUGAGCAAGACGACCGUGCGAUCUUGAAUCGUUCUCUCCUGGUUGCAGAUGCCCAGUCCAAAUUGACCACCUCUCUAUGUCGAGAAACUGUCGGAGACAAGGUGCUGCGAAGCGUGACGACGGUUAACGUCGUUCGGGAUCUAGAGGAGAUGCGCAAGGUCGUUGGAGAUGGUGGUCUGCGGUACUGGGGCUUCUCAUAUGGCACGCUAAUUGGAGCAACAUACGUGGCCAUGUUCCCUGAGCAGGCAGAACGGGUCAUCUUGGAUGGAGUUAUAUACUCUCCCGAGCCCUACAACUCCAUGCUUGAUGACGCUAUUGGCACAGGAACGUCGACCAACAGCGACUUUGACGGAUUCGUCUCCCAUUGCGCUUCUGUCGGCGCGGAGCGAUGUGCAUUAGCAGGCAACUCCUCUGCCUUUGAAAUCGCUGACCGGAUCUGGACACUCGCCUCGCGACUCGAACACAGCCCUAUUCCCAUCUCAAGACCCUCCAAUAACGCCAUUCCUGCUGUUCUUCAUCGUCCGCACUUUAUUCACGCCAUCUUCAUGGCGCUUUAUCGUCCUGCCAGCUGGCCUGCGCUUGCCGAAGCCAUCGCUGCCGCUGAGCAAGGGAAUGCAACGUUGGUGGCGGAGUUAACGUUGGCUGGAGUCGGAGGGCGUGACUGGACCGAGCUGCGGAGGAACAUCACCGAUGCAGAACGUGCCAUCGAGGCUGGCUGGCCAGAAGCAGCCGGGAGGGAGAUGGGGCCGCACGAUGCGUCUGCGCCGGUUGUAUGCGGAGAUGCCCCUCCGUUUCCGGUCAACGAAGAUCACAGUUGGACCGAGGAGUGGAUGGAGUGGCGAGAGCAGUUGAUCAAGCCUAACCCAAUCGGUGGUGCGGCCGCUUUGCGAGGCCUGGUUAGCUGCCGACAUUGGGGUCAAGUGAAGCCCACUCCAAAACGAUACGAGGGCUCGUGGGAGAUGGGUGUGGAUCUGAGAAAGCCAAAAAACCCAGUUGUUUUCUUGUCGAAUAGCUUCGAUCCAAUAACUCCGCUGAACAACGCUAUUCGGAUGGUGGACCUCCUGGGCGUGGAGAACGCCAGGUUGCUCCACAAUAACGGUUAUGGACACUGCUCGGUCAACCAUCCCUCGCUUUGUGUCGCGAAGCACAUCCGAAAGUACAUGCUGGACGGAACCGUCUUCGAGAAUGGCACUCUUUGUGAGCCUGAAGACGGCUUCAUCUUUCCGAAAGAAGACGCGCAGGCAGCAUUACUGCGAUACGACGCCGAGGAUGUAGCGUUGGCAAAAGCAAUGUAUGAACUGGCCGAUGCAGGAAUCGGGAUGCCUGUUCCCGAUGUACAAUUCUAA